CUACAAUUUGUAUAUUAGGAUCUGUAUAAGUAAAGUAGAGUAAAUAAUUAAAAAAAAAAAUUAAAUAUCCUUGCCUUUAGUUUUCCGUCCUCCUUUACCGCAAAGUCCAGGCCAAUCUCUCAGGCGUCCUGUGAUUGCUACCGUAAGGACAUCACACAAGGCAUGAAAAGCUCUUGGGUAUUAGCAUUCGUGACACCGGUGUCAAGUCUUAGAUCUUAGCUUUCGUGACACCCCAAACAUGGCGGACGAAGCGUGGAGGAUUCCUCGACUCAUUCGUAACAUAUGCACUACACGAGUUUUGGCCGUUAGAAAAAACAUUACAGUUCCUCCGCCAAUUCCAAGUAAACUGCAGAAUCUGUUGUACGCUUUUCGUGAAUCCAAAGUGCUAUUCGCAGCGUGUGAUUUGGGUAUCUUUGAUAUUAUUCAAGAGUCCGACGCCCCACAGUCGGUUGCAGACAUGUCUUCUAAGAUGGGAUCCGAUGCCGAAGCCACAGCUUGCUUUAUGGACACACUAGUUGCGCUGGAAUUGCUAGAUAAGUCUAAGCACGGUGGAUCAUGGUUGUACUCUAACAGUGACACAGCAAAGCAGUUUCUGACCAAGUCGAGUCCCCAUUCGAUUUAUGGGUACAUAAGGCACUCAAAUAAAGUGAUAUAUCCCCUCUUCGGGAACUUAGAGAGUGCAGUUCGCGAAGGAUCGAACCAGUGGAUGAGAACAUUCAAAAUUUCGGCAGAAGAUCUAUGGAAAUCCUCAUAUAACACCGAGGAAGACCGUGUGCGCUUUCAAUCUGCCAUGCAUACCACGUCACGUCACUUCUGUCACGCCGUCGUAACUGCGUUUGACUUACGUUCCUUUAAAAGUUGCUGUGACUUAGGAGGUGGGACAGGAACAAUGGCGUACACAUUAUGUCAAUACUAUCCAAACAUGAAGAUCACUGUGUGUGAAAUGCAGUCUGUUGUGGAUUCUGCCCAUCAUUUUUAUCCCUCAUCAGAAGAAUGCCCCAAUCAAGGAAAUGUCUCUUAUGUAGUAGGCGAUUUCUUCCAAGCAGAUCUGCCAAAGGCUGAUUUGUACAUAUUGUCACGUAUUCUUCAUGACUGGCCAAUUGAAAAAGUGCAACUUAUACUCUCAAAUGUCAUCAAGUGUUUACCUUCAGGUGGCUGUCUACUAAUUGCUGAAGCUUUCUUGGAUAAAGACAAAACUGGGCCUAAAAGUGUUCUACUUCAGUCACUCAAUAUGCUUGUACAAAUGGAGGGAAGGGAACGAACAGCAGAAGAAUAUAAAGAGAUUAUGCGAGAAAGAGGAUUUGUGGACAAUAAAACCAAAAAACUUGAGUCUUCAGCAGGAUCAGAUGCCAUUCUAUGUAGAAAAGCUUGAUGCAGGUCAUGGUAUUUUGAAUAACUUUUGGAGAGAUGCAACUUCAAAGAGACCACAAAAUAUUAGCAUUGUGAGGAAGAAAAAACUGAAAAAAAAAA